CUCAUCCGCUGCUGUGGGGAACAUCUGGUAGUAUUUAAGGCAGGAAAGCGCCGAAAGAAGCUUAUUACUUCAACAAUAUGAAGUCGCUGUUGUCGUUGUUGCUGGCUACCGUCGCCACCCAGGCCAGUGCAGAAGACGAGUCGUACGUGUACAAGACUCAUGUUUGCUCUGAGGAAAAUUACCAGGGAGUGUGCCACGAAUUUCAUGAUGCUGUUCCAUCCCUGAGUAACUACGACUUGGACAACACCAUUUCCAGCUUCAAAGCGACUGGUGUGUGGAACUUCUAUGAUGAGCCGGACUAUGAGUCAGCAAAAUUAACAACCAUUGGUAUCAACAUUAAGACAAAGCUCCUCACCGGCGAGUUAAAUAACAAGAUAUCGUCUCUGAGGUACGCCGGGAGCCAAACAAAGUUCAACGAAGCUGGGUAUAACCUCUACGAGGGAUUAUUAUUCACCAAGAAAGAUUUUUACGGAACCAUCGACAUCCCAGACCUGUCGCAAUACCUUCAAAGAGUAGAAUCUAUCAUCAUUAUUGGACAGAGCUAUUGGACUUUCUGCGAAGAAGCCAACUACAGCGGAAGAUGUGUUUGUCUAAAAGCUAAACAUCACGAUUGGAAUCUCCAGAAAAGGCUGGACACAGGAUUGUAUGGAUUUAUCUUGAGUGAGGGCAUAUACAACGUAACAUCAGUAAAGAAGGGAUGUACUUAACAAGGCAUGUCACCAUCCUGUCUACAGGAACAAGACAACAACUUGGAUAAUACAAUCUUGUUCGUUCCUCAGCAGCAAAUAAGCAAGAAAUUUCAUCACGUACCUAGUGCUUAUGUAAUUGUUACAACCAUCAAGAAGAAAGAUGCAUCGUCAAGUUAGAAUAUUUUUAUAAUUAUGUUAGAACUAGGUAAUUUAGGUAGAAUAUUUGAUAAUUAAUUGUUCACUGCCAAUCCAUCCGGGCACAAUAAUAGUUUUCUUUGCUAAGGAUGUCAUAUUUCCACCCCAACUGUUAUAAGAUAUCAAAACAACGUGAAACAAUUAGAACACAAUUUUUAAAUAAAAAACAUCGAUUACAUAAGUGUGCCAUUCAAAACAGCUCGUUAUCUGCAAUGAAAAUGGAUAUUUUGGUGCUAACUUUUACGUACUCACACAAUACCCAUCACUGGUGAUUUUUUUUUCUUCUUUUUCUUUUAUUAUGCUAGAGAAACGCAGCCAAGUACAACAAAAUGUUAGAAAAAAGACCCACUGGAACUGCAGGUACCAUAAAAGGUCAAAAGACACCCAAAUGCAAGGCACAAAUAUCUCGAGACCUCUCUCUCAAAAGAAGUUAAGUCGUAGAAAGAUGAAAAUACAGAAGCAGGUAGGGAGUUCCAGAGUUUACCAGUGAAAGGUAUAAAUGAUUGUGAGUACUGGUUAACUCCUGUAUUAGAGGGUUGGACAGAAUAGGGCUGAGAGGAAGAAGAAAGCCUUGUGCAGCGAGCCCGCAGGAGAUGACGCAUGCAAUUAGCAAGACCAAUAGAGCAGUUAGCAUGAUAAUAGCGAUAAAAGAUAGAAAGAGAUGAAACAUUUCGGCGGUGAGAAAGAGGCUGAAGACUGUCAGUCACAAGAGGGGAGGUGAUGAGACGAGAAGCUUUUGAUUCCACCUUAUCUAACUAAUAAAGCUGUAUGAGUGGAACCCCUUCCAAACAUGCAAAGAAUACUCCAUACAAGGACGGAUUAGGCCCUUGUACAGAGUUACCAGCUGGAGAGGCGAGAAAACUGGAGGAGACGCCGCAGAACGUCUAACUUCAUAGAAGCUGUUUUAGCAAGAGAUGAGAUGUGAAAUUCCAGUUAAGAUUAUGAGUAAAGGACAGACCGAUGAUAUUCAGUGUGGAAGAGGGAUACAGUUGAGUGUCAUUGAAGAAGAAGAGAUUGUGCCGAGUUGAUAGAUGGAGAAGUGGAGUUUUUAGGCAUUGAAAAACUAUUAAGUUUUCUCUGCCCAAAUAAAAAAAUAUUAGAAAGAUCAGAAGAAAGACGUUCUGUGGCCACACGCCAUGUAGGGAAUAGCCGGUAUGAUUCAGACACUUUUUCUUUAAACAUUUUGAGGGAAAAAAAAUUAGGAGCAAAAUAAUCAUGUUGAUGCCAAAAUAAUCCAUCAUCCUUUAUUCCUUUACUGUAAAUAUAUCACACCUGUAACUGCUUUGAGUAUUUAACAGUAGCGACUAAAACCUAAGUUUCUAAAUCGUCCAAGCCAUCCCUACACAAGGUAAUGAUGUGGUCAUAGAGGUGGGAUGGUUCGGUUACUUCAUUACACAACACCAAUUAUCAUUACGUAGUUUGGAUUGGCUAAUAAACAUGCAACUCUCA